AUGGCUCAAGGAGUCUGUAAAUUAUUAUGGAUCAGAAGACUUUUGACAGAAUUGGAUUUCAAACCAGAAAAGCCAAUGAACAUAGGCGACAUAAUCCUCGGACAGACGGAGAGCCGCUGUGGACCUAGUGAAACUUGGCUGCAUAGACACAUGCCUCAAUGCUUGAGCAAAGUUCUCCACGGCCACUGCACGAAGGUCCUGGCGUCCGUUAUUCCAAAUGGCCCUAGAGCAAGCAUCUUUUACAGCCUGACGCAGUUCAUCAGCAUGAGAUUCGAGCCUCAAGCGUCUCCUUCAUGGUAUGUUUCUUCUGUUCUAGCAGCUCGGCCCACUCCACAACCAUUUUCACGUUCUUCUGAUCCACCUCAAGCUCACGGUCCUUCUGGUAGACUUGUUCUUGCAUGCUCAACAGCUUAG